GAAAAAGUCAGCUCUUAGUGUCAUCAUUUCAAACCAAUCCCACCAGUCUAUUUUGUCUGUCACGCAACACCUCCAAUUUGUGUAAAAAAUACUUUUCCCUUUACUUCCUGUUGAACAAGAAUGGUCUUUUUUCCUCUUGUAUCUUUGAUGGGAAAUCACUUGAUUUUGUGAGAUGUGAAACCAUUGCAGAAAAAGGAGCAAACUUUAUUGAGUUCAUUGAAAACCUUUGUUUACUUGCUUCAGUUGUAAGUGACAAAGGAUUCAGCAGCUGCAUCUUUUUCUCAAAUAGAAGAGCUUUGGUGUGUGGGUUUGGAAUAAAGAAAGGAUUUUUCCUUAUUUAUGUCUACGAAUUUGCGAGCUUAGGGAUCUAAACCCAUGAGAAACCUUGCUUCAAAUACAAGUUGGGAUUGGAAAUCCAUGUGGGAAGCCAUGAAAAUGUGGUCUUGAUUAGCUGCAACUAGUGUGUUUGGAUUGUGCUCGGUGAUGACUUGUGCUGGUAGUCUUGUUUGAUCAUGAUGGUAAUCAGUGAUUUCCUGAAUUUGGCAUUCUUGGCUGGUUUCCUCUGUUUAUCCCUGAGCAUUGCAGCUCCUGCACACGGCUGUGAUCCGAAUGAUUUCUCGGCCUUGAAGGAGUUUGCAGGCCAGCUGAUCAAUGGAUCUGUUAAAUCUUCUUGGUCUAAUGAUCAAAACUGUUGCAAAUGGGAAGGUGUUGUGUGUGAAGAUGGUGUGAGUAAGACAGGGGCGAAUAGAGUGAUCGUGUUGCAGUUAUCUGGUAAAGGUUUGAAGGGAAAAAUCUCAGAGUCUCUGAGCAGAUUGGAUCAACUAGAAGUCCUCGAUCUCGCUCUCAACUCUCUUGAAGAUGAGCUGCCCUUGGAGCUUUCCAACUUGAAGGAGCUUCGAGUUCUUGAUCUCAGCCACAACAUGCUGGUUGGGGCGCCAUUUGUGGCAAUUGCUGGAUUGAAAUCGAUCCAAUCACUCAACCUGUCCAGCAAUUUGCUCUCCGGGAACUUCACUGACAUUGGAGCGUUCCCUAAUCUUGUUACUCUUAACAUGAGUAGCAAUUCACUCACUGGGCAAAUCAGCUCCAAAGUCUGUAGCUUUUCCAAGAGUCUUCGAGUAAUGGACUUAUCAUCCAAUCAUCUAAAUGGGGGGCUUGAAGGCCUGACUAACUGCAAGGCUCUCCAGCAGCUGCAUAUCCAUUCCAAUUCCCUCUCAGGUGACCUCCCAGACUCAUUAUACUCGUUAUCUCAUCUGCAGCAGCUUUCCAUCUCCUCAAAUAGCCUCUCUGGCCAGCUAAGCCUUGGAAUCAGUAAGCUUUCCAAUCUCAAAGCCUUAUAUCUCCACGGGAACCAGUUUUCCGGUUACCUUCCUGAUGUUUUUGGGAAUUUAACUGAGCUAGAACUGUUUGAUGCACAUUCAAAUAUAUUCUCUGGUCCCUUGCCUUCAACUCUGUCUGUCUGCUCUAAGUUACAGUUGCUUGAUCUUCGAAACAACUCCUUUCAUGGCCCUAUAGAUCUUGAUUUCUCUCAAUUGUCCAAUCUUUGCACUCUCGAACUUGGUGGCAACCGAUUCUCUGGUCCUUUGCCAGAAUCGCUGUCUAGUUGCCAGAACCUGAAGAUUUUGAGUCUUGCCAAGAACAACUUGACUGGCCAGAUCCCAGAUAGUUAUGCUAAUCUUUCAUCUCUUAUGUCUCUUUCGUUGUCGAAUAACAGCCUCGUAAACGUAUUAGCAUCCUUGUCUGUGCUGAAGAAUUGCAAGAACCUGACCACCCUUAUACUCACCAGAAACUUUCAUGGUGAAAACAUGCCUCAAAAUGUCAGUGGGUUCGAGAGCAUGCUGGUGUUUGCUCUAGGAAACUGUGGCCUAAACGGCCGCAUUCCAAACUGGCUGUUCAAUUGCAGGAAGUUGCAGGUCCUCGACUUAUCUUGGAACCGUUUAGAGGGCAGCAUCCCUCCAUGGAUAGGGGAAAUGGAGAAUCUCUUCUAUUUGGACUUAUCGAACAAUUCACUAACAGGAGAGAUUCCAAAGGGUUUGACGGAGCUCAAAAGUCUCAUAUCGGCUAAGAGUUGCACGUCAAACCUCAACACCUCAAUGGGAAUUCCACUCUUUGUGAAGAGGAAUCAGAGUUCUAGCGGCUUACAGUAUAAUCAAGCUUCAAGUUUCCCUCCAUCCAUAUUAUUGAGUAACAAUCGUAUAAAUGGCACGAUUUGGCCUGAAAUCGGACGACUGAAGCAGCUUCAUGUGUUGGAUCUCAGUAGGAAUGGUAUAAGUGGUAUCAUCCCCGCCUCCAUUUCUGGUAUGGGGAACCUCGAGACAUUGGAUUUGUCAUACAAUGUUCUUUACGGAUCAAUCCCUUCAUCGUUCAAUCAGCUGACCUUCUUGUCCAAGUUCAGUGUUGCUUUUAAUCAUCUCGAAGGAGCAAUUCCGACAGGGGGGCAGUUUCUCAGCUUCCCAAGCUCGAGCUUUGAUGGAAACCCCGGACUUUGUGGGAAACUGAUUUCUCCGUGUGGUGUCAACACCAUAGGGCUCAGGCCGCCUACGGCUCCAUCCAACGAUGGUAGUAGGUUUGGGCGAAGCAGUAUUCUCGGGUUGACAAUCAGCAUUGGGGUUGGCAUUGCUAUACUCUUGGCUAUUCUUCUGCUCAGGAUAUCAAGAAGAGAUGUUGGAGUGCCGAUUGAAGACAUGGGGGAGGAUAUGAGUCGAGCCCCUCGACUUUCUGAUGCGUUUGGGACGCCUAAGCUGGUCAUCUUCAAGAAUGCUUACUGCAAGGAUCUCACUGUCGCGGACUUGUUGAAGUCCACAAACAAUUUCAGCCAGUCGAACAUCGUUGGCUGCGGAGGAUUCGGCCUUGUGUACAAAGCCGACUUGCCUAAUGGCUCAAGAGCUGCAAUCAAGAGGCUCUCUGGGGAUUGCGGACAGAUGGAACGCGAAUUCCAAGCUGAAGUCGAAGCUCUCUCUAGAGCUCAGCACAAGAACCUCGUAUCUCUUCAAGGCUACUGUCGUUAUGGAAACGACAGGCUGUUAAUCUACUCCUACAUGGAAAACGGGAGCCUUGACUACUGGCUGCACGAAAGAGUAGACGGGAGCUCCUCUCUAGCGUGGGAAACAAGACUGAGAGUCGCUCAAGGAGCGGCUCGUGGAUUGGCUUAUCUACACAAGGAGCCAAAUAUAGUUCAUCGAGACAUCAAGACAAGCAACAUUCUCUUGGACGAGAAGUUCGAGGCUCACUUGGCCGACUUUGGGCUGUCACGGCUGCUCCACCCGUACGACACUCAUGUGACAACGGAUUUGGUCGGGACCUUAGGUUACAUCCCGCCCGAGUAUAGCCAGACGCUGACUGCAACUUUCAGGGGCGACGUUUACAGUUUUGGGGUCGUUAUUCUGGAGCUGAUAACGGGGAGACGGCCUGUUGAAGUGUGCAGAGGCAAGAACUGCAGGAAUCUGGUGGGAUGGAUGUAUCAGUUGAAAUCGGAGAAGAGGGAAUCGGAGCUAUUCGAUUCGUGUCUGAAAGAGAGAGACUGCGAAAAACAGCUGUUGGAGUUGCUUGAUAUAGCUUGUAAAUGUAUAGAGCAGGAUCCCAGAAAAAGACCAUCAAUUGAUGAAGUUGUUUCAUUGCUUGAAGCAGUUGAGAUAGAAAAGGUUUGAAUAUAGGUUUUUUGUGUUUAUUUUUUUUUACAUCCAGACUUGUGUUUCUCAAGGAUUUGAAGUGGAAAAUAUGGCUCUAUUGUUAUGCAUUUCUCUUCAGCUGAUUUUGGUCACCGUUUUAUGUUCAAAUUUUAAUUAUUGUGAACUGAGUGCAAUUUGAUGGUUUGGAGGCUUUCUGCAGCA